ACCCGCCAAGCCGGGCGCGCCUGGGGCUGCAAAGUUUCGCCGCUAGUCCGCCGAGGCAGCGCGCCGGCUUGGGCUCGGCUCGGCUCGGCUCGGCUCUGCGUGGCUCCGGACGGCCGUGACCGCUGGCCGUACCGUGCGCCCGGCUGCGUGCCCAGCUCUGCCCCGCGCGGAUCUCGACAUCCCGCGCCCCCGCCUGCCGGUGCUGCCCGCGCGCCCUCCCGCCGCAGGGUUUGUUCUCAGCCUCCUGUGCGCCCUCGAUCUCCCUCCUCCUCCUCUUCCCCGGCUCCGACCCCUUCGCCACCGCCACCCAUCAUGGCCCGUGGCCUCGCUCGGACCAGCCCGGGACCGGGGUCCCAACUGCUGCCGCUGCUGCCGCUACUUCUGCUGCUGCUCCAGGACGCGGGCGGCAGCCACACGGCCCCCGCCCGGUCCGCCCCGCCCGCAGCGGCCGACGGCCUGGCGGGGUACAAGAACGCCCAGCGGUCUCCAGGGGACGCGGCCGCUGCGCUAGGCCCCGGCACCCAGGACAUGGUCGCUGUCCACAUGCUCCGGCUUUAUGAGAAAUACAGCCGAAGGGGCGCGCGGCCAGGAGGGGGCAACACGGUCCGCAGCUUCCGGGCCCGGCUGGAAGUGGUCAACCAGAAGACCCUGUAUUUCUUCAACCUGACUUCCAUGCAGGACUCAGAAAUGAUCCUCAUGGCCACAUUCCACUUCUACUCGGAGCCGCGGUGGCCCCGGGCACGCGAGGCACCAUGCAAGCAGCGGGCCAAGAAUGCAUCCUGCCGCCUGCUGCCCCCGGGCCCGCCUGCACGCCAGCACCUGCUCUUCCGAAGCCUCUCGCAGAACAUGGCCACGCAGGGGCUGCUCCGUGGGGCCAUGGCCCUGCUGCCCCCGCCACGGGGCCUGUGGCGGGCCAAGGACAUCUCCCCCAUCAUCAAGGCGGCCCGCCGGGAUGGCGAGCUGCUCCUGUCCGCCCAGCUGGAUUCUGGGGAGGAGGACCCGGGGGUACCCAGGCCCGGCCCCCACGCACCCUACAUCCUCAUCUACGCCAACGACCUGGCCAUCUCAGAGCCCAACAGCGUGGCAGUGACACUGCAGAGAUAUGACCCCUUCCAGGCUGGGGACCAGGAGCCUGGAGCAGCCCCCAACAGCUCGGCAGACCCCCGCGUGCGCCGGGCCACGCAGGCCAUGGGGCCACUGCAGAACAACGAGCUGCCGGGGCUGGACGAGAGGCCGGCACAUGCCCCCCACGCCCAGCACUACCACAAGCACGAGCUGUGGCCCAGCCCCUUCCGUGCACUGAAGCCUCGGCCGGGCCGCAAGGACCGCAGGAAGAAGGGCCAGGAUGUGUUCAUGGCCUCCUCGCAGGUGCUGGACUUUGACGAGAAGACGAUGCAGAAAGCCCGGAGGAAGCAGUGGGACGAGCCGCGGGUUUGCUCCCGGAGGUAUCUGAAGGUGGACUUUGCAGACAUCGGGUGGAACGAAUGGAUCAUCUCACCCAAGUCGUUCGACGCUUACUACUGCUCAGGAGCCUGCGAGUUCCCCAUGCCCAAGAUCGUCCGCCCCUCCAACCACGCCACCAUCCAGAGCAUCGUCAGGGCCGUGGGCAUCGUCCCGGGCAUCCCAGAGCCUUGCUGCGUUCCCGACAAGAUGAACUCUCUUGGGGUCCUCUUCCUGGAUGAGAACCGGAAUGUGGUUCUGAAGGUGUACCCCAACAUGUCUGUGGAGACCUGUGCCUGCCGGUAAGACCAGCCGCUCUGGAGUGGAAAGAACCUGCCCCGCCUGCACACAGCAGGGCAGCAUUCUCGGAACCUUCUGGAGUGAGCACUUGACUCAGGGUGCAGCUGCAAAUGCAGGGCACAGCUUGCAGGCAACCAUCUGUCACCCCAGGGCAUCAUUCUGGGGUCUUUCACUGCUGGUGACUCAGCCCCCUCAAUGCCAGUCCGAAUCCUUUGAAGGGAUCUGGGCAUUAGCCCUGGCCUGACGGUUGCCCACAACCUGUCCGCUGUGCUCUGAAGGCCUGAAAACCGGACAUGUCCACAGGCUGGGUUUUGUGACUAUCAUCUCAUAACCUGGAAAGAAGACUACAGACCCGAAGGCACUCACUCCCUUCACAAGGAAAGAACCUCUGUUUAAACAAUCAGUUUAAAACACUUCGGGCCACAGUGUGACGCUGCAAAACAGGGCCUAAAUGAUGGUAUAAAUGGAUGUUUUCUCUCAAAAUCCACUGCAAACGCUUUUAUACAUACAGUAUGCACAUAUAACCAAUGUUGGUUUCUUUUUCUUAAUAUAUGUUUUAUUUUAAAACAAAAAGGAGGGCGUUGACACCGUUCCCCACAGAGGUAGUCAAGCUGGCUGAGCGUGCAUUGUUUAAACGCGCUUAUUGAAAUAACCCAUGCAGUGAUACGCGGGAAUACUAAAACAUAACCAAGAUUUUAUAUUUUUGUAAAUUAUACUUUCUAUACUGUAGAUUGUGUACGGUAUGUGUUUUUAUGGAAAGCUAAUAAAUUAAAGGGACAGUGGUAUCUU